AUGAAGGCGUUGCUUCAGAUAACAACAAUAUGGGUUUGGUUAACUGUAGUUAUUGUGCCAGGAUUGGUGUGCCCAUCAGUAAUAGAAGAAACAAAGGCACCCCAAUACAAAACAGUAACCUUCAACUUUAAAGGUGCUACCGAAACUGGGCCGUACAAGGAUUUUGUGGUGUCUCUGCGAAAUGAAGUCAAACACAGCACGGAUAGGAACGGAUUACCAGUCACAGCAAAAACAGCAGACGUUUCCAAACGAUUGGUUUUAGUUGAUCUCAAAAUUGAUAGUGAAAAGUUCAUCACACUAGCAAUAAAUGUCAUUGAUUUGUAUGUGGUGGGUUAUCGUGAUAAAUAUAACGGGAAAGAUCGCGCCAAUUUCCUUAAAGAUGCUCCCAAAGUUGCAAGAGAUAAUCUUUUUGAAGAAGCAAAACAAAAGUCUGUAGAUAGAAAGACGAUUCAAUUGGGAGUUGGCAAGCUACAGAAAGCCAUCGAUGAUGUCUAUGGGAAAAACGCCGACACGAAGAUUGAGGCUAAAUUUUUCAUUAUUUCUAUCCAAAUGGUUUCAGAGGCAGCAAGAUUCCAAUAUAUACUGAAUAAGGUACUCGAAGGAGGCAUAUACGGAAGUUAUAAACCAGAUUUCAAAGCGACUUCCUUGGAGACCAAUUGGGAUAAGAUCUCUAAAGCUAUUCAAAAUGCUGAUGCUGCUUCUGGAGAAUUUCGCCCACCGACUAGUUCAGUUAGCUUACAGGAUGAAAAGGGAAAAGCAUGGAUAGUUAAGAAAGUGAGUGACAUAAAGAACGACAUGGGACUUUUGAAGGGCCAAGCAUCAAAGUUUUCUCAACUUAUGCAAGCGGCAGAUAUCUAA